UCGAACACUGGAGAACAAGCUAUCUUAUCAAUCCUUGGUGCAUGUUUUACAUGCGUUUGCCAGGCAUUUCCUCAAGCAGCUCAGCUUUAUGUCUUCUCUCACGCCUGGCUUCUCCUUAGCUAUGGACGACAAGCCACCUUCAAAGGCAUACCAGCGAAAUCCAGAGUUCUACUGGGAGCCUGUAACCUUCCUGGUGGAGGAUCAGCUCUUCAAAGUUACUCGCCACAUGCUCGAAAAGUCAUCGAAAACAUUUUUGACGGCGGUAUUGCCUCGGGAGGAUACUGCUGCGGUGGCUGGAUCUGAUGACGAGCAUCCUGUAGUCAUCCCAGGCGUAAGGCGUGCAGACUUUGAGAAUCUCUUAAAGUCGAUUGUGCAUGCUGAACAGAAAGCAAUUCCGCAGUUUAGCCAAGAUGAAUGGUUUUCGGUUUUAGACCUCGCAACGAGGUGGAGAAUGGCGGAUGUUCGCCGCAUGGCAAUCCUCGAAAUUACUCUGCUGAAUAGCAUGAAAGACGUGGAACAGGUUGUCCUCGGCAAGGAAUAUGCCGUCGUGGGUUGGGUGAGAUCAGGAUAUUGGGCUCUGACCAAACGGAAAACCGUGGUCUCCACGUACAGUGCUAAGAGACUUACUCUACCCACUUGUCUGAAAGUGUGGCAGGCUCAAGUAUCCAUCUUAAAUGCAGCCGCGUUGCGAGGUUAUGGGCCAGACAAUCUGGAAGACCAGAUUUUGAAUGACAUUUUUGCUUCUGAGCUAGACGUGGUUUAUCAACAGAGUCUAGCUUUUGGAGAUGAACCCCGCCUCUUCAUGCCGAAUUUUUCGAAAAUAGGCUUACCAGCUUUUCUAGUCCCUCCUCCCCUGACUCUGACCCGAAAAUAACUCUGUUAUGAAGACGAGGUCAGGGAGGAAGGAAGUCUUAUUCAAAGAUGUAACGUCCGGACUUUUUUUUGUUUUUUUUUGUUUCCGCAUUUGUAUUGUAUGUACUACAUCCUACACGUAUACGUAUGGUUGGAUCGUUCAGCUAUUUACUUUUACUCUACGUUUCUCGUUCUCUAUGCCUUUAUGUCACAUCUAGCAGACAUGUCAAUGACCAUUGCGAGAUUUCUCACGUCCA